ACGUUUAUUUUGAUUCGUAUUACCGCGGCGCCGGAUGGUAUUGUAUUUUGCGACUAGUUCAUGGUAUAAAAUGCUGCAUUUUGCGCUGUAGAAACUAUAAAAAAAAUAUUUCUAAAUUAACUAUUGUGACAGUGUUAAUAUUUACAUUAAAGAACACUUGGUUAGUGAUUUAGUGAUACACAGUUUUGUUUGGAAAAAUAAUAUAGAAAUGGAGGGAGGGAAAAUAGAUGCGGCGCCGGAAAAUGAACCGGCGCUGACGCCGACGCCAAGUGACUCCGAGGAUGUUGACGAUGAGGACAAGAGCCAGUCAGAGACGUCGCUUAAAGCUGGCGAAACAACGGAUUUAGCGGAUGAAGCUAAAGCUAGAGAUAACGCGCGAAACGGUACUGUGAAAAAAGAAAACAUGAAAAUGAAAAUUGCAGUAAUUUUGUUCAAAAGGAUCUCCCUCCUGCUAUUGGGUUACUUAGUAUGCUACAUUAAUCUCUCGUUAAUCUUACCUAUCAUAGCAGUAUGUUCUUUGGUUUGGUAUGAAAAUAUCAAAUCGGAGAAAGGAGAAAGGAUACGUAAAAAAAUUGUAACCAGUACAAUGACAAAGGAUGAAAUUCAAGAUAUUGUUAAGGAUUUGCCAUCUUGGCUAAAUUUUCCUGACAGAGAAAAGGCUGAAUGGUUAAAUGAGAUCAUUGCACAACUUUGGCCAAGCUUGAAUUGCUACAUAAUAAAAUACUGUAGAGGGAAAAUUCAAACUAACAUAAGAAAAAAGUUUGAAUCGUUCAGAUUUGAAGAACUGGACUUCGGAAAUCAACCACCGAAAAUAGAUGGAGUUAAAGUUUACAGUAAUGCUGUUUCGAAGGAUUCAGUUAUCAUUGACUUCGAGGUCUAUUAUGAUGGAGAUUGUGACAUAAGUUUUUCCAUGUCUGGCACACAAAUAGGCAGGAUAAAAGAUUUCCAGAUGGGAGUCGAAAUAAGAGUAGUUCUUAAACCCAUCCUUUACAAAGUACCAAUAAUUGGAGGAAUGCAAAUAUUCUUUCUGAAUAUACCAGAUAUCCAUUUUGAACUGGAAGGCAUAACUGGAAUUCCAGGCUUUAGUUACUUAGUAAGACAAAAAAUUGAAGAAAUUAUCAACAAGAAAUUAGUCUUCCCUAAUAAAAUAUCAAAAAGGUUUUCAAAAUCAGUCGAAGCUGCUGAAUUAAAAUCAAUUGAAGCUGAGGGAGUGUUAAGAGUUCAUGUUUUCGAAGCCCGAGAUUUAGAGAAAAAAGAUAUGACUGGAAAAUCCGACCCAUAUGCAAUUUUAAACGUUGGAGCACAAGAGCAGAAAACUAAAGUUAUUAACAGGGAACUUAAUCCACAAUGGGACCAUUAUUGCGAAUUCAUUAUUUUGGAUCCAGUGGCGCAACAGUUACAUUUUAAAUUGUUUGAUCAAGAUGAAUUUAGCGAGGAUGAUUUCCUAGGAAGUGGUGCGGUGGUAAUCGCCGAUGUUAUAAAACCCGAUAGUGAUGACCAAUGGUUCGAAUUAGAAAACGUAAAACAUGGAAAAAUUCACUUGCGAUUCAGUUGGCUUGCUUUGUCUUGUGACAGGAAUGCUAUAAAUGCCGCAGCAGAAGAAACAAGACUUCUCAAGAUAGAAAAUAUUCACACAGCUCUAUUAACCAUUUACAUAGAUUCUGCUUUGAACUUGCCAAAACCCAAGAGUUAUAAAAGGCCUGAUCCUUAUAUGAUUUUGACGGUGGGUAAAAACCAAACAAAAAGUAGAACAAAGAGGCAUACGUGUAAUCCAGUAUGGGAACAGGGAUUUUACUUGCUAGUAAAAAAUCCGGAAAAUGAUUCUUUAAUUAUCAAUAUCAUGGAUAAACAAUCUGAUACCAAAUUGGAUAAACUGGUAUAUAAUAUAGCGACUUUACUUGAGAAACCAGAAAUGCAGAUAAGUAAACAGGAGUUUAAAUUGCAGCAGAAUUUGAAUAGUUCAAUAAUAGUAUCUUUGCAGUUAAGGAUAUUACACAAAUCCAAAUUUGAAAUCGAAGAAUUAGACUCAGAUUCAGAUGAUGAAUGUUCGGAGGACAUAAUCAACACUGAUUUAACAAAAAUAGUCAAAGAAAGUCGCUCAAGUAAUGCUUCCACUCCUACACCUCCAUCGCGUAAAAAAAGUGUAAAUGAAAAACCUGUUGAAAAGACGAAACAAACGGAAAAUGCACAAGAGCCAACAAUACGGACAUCUUGUUUUGUACAAAGCCCGGAACAAUUGGGAAGAAUUGAACUGUCUUUAAGCUACAGCGAAUUAAGGCAAAAAUUACUAGUCAUAGUACAUCGAAUAUCGGCUCUGCCAUUAAAAGAUCCCAAUCACAUUCCAGAUCCUUAUGUUAAAUUGAAAUUAAGUGGUAAUGGAGGUUCAGCUGUUAAACAUAGAACAAAGGUAAUCGUGGAUUCCUGUGACCCAAUUUAUGAAGAGACUUUCGAAUAUCUUUUGUCAGUAUCCGAUUUGCCAUCCUAUACUCUUGUAGUCACCGUGAAAAAUAAGAAAAUGUUUAGCUCGAGUAUUCUGGGACAGAUUACCAUAGACCUCAAGCGACUACAAAAUUCAGUAGGUACUAUUCGGAGCUGGUAUGAAUUAUUAGAAGAACAAGUAUCUGAUUGAUGUAGAUGCCUGUGCAUUAAGUAUUGAAGGUUGUGAAGUACUUUUUAAUGUGAUGUAUGUAGAGUAUACCGUAUUUUACUCUUAAGUCCAAAAAGUCAUCUCCCACAUGUGCAUUAAUAAUAUAUCUAUCUAAUAGGUAUUAAAAGUACAAAUUAAAAUGUAUAUUAAAAAAUGGACAAAUAUUUUAAAUAACUUAUUUUCUAUAAAAGCUAAUUAUUUUAAUAUAAGAGUUGUUGAUAAAAUUGCAGCGUGAAUGCUGCAGAACAAAAAUCUCUAUAGUUUGUAAUGUCUACAGUCAGUUUUUGUUAAAGUAUAAAAUUUAGUAUUUCAUUGUACAAUAUAUGUAUAAUAUAAUCAAAAAAUUUCAACGCCAAACGUGCUUUGUAAGAAGAUAUAUAAGAAUUAAAGGAAUUUUCAUUAUAAUUUUUGUUAAAUGCCAAAGUUAAAUGCCACUUGAUCACAAUUUUUUUUAUGGUGAUGGUAUUUUUUACUGUAAGAUACCUUUUUUAAAUCCUUAUAAUUUUUCUAA